AUGGCCAGGGGCGUCCCCUGCCGCCAGGCUGUGGGCUCGGGUCGCUCGCCCUUCACCCUCCAGGCCCGCCACACCAGGCCCCCUGGCGCGCGGGACCUGGGUCCCUCAGGCAGGUCUCCCCGGGGCACUCUGGGGACACCGGAGGCCUGCCUGCCCCAAACCCCGCCCCACGGCUGCCGCCUGUCCACCGGACACAACGCAACCCGCACAGACCGCCUGCCGCCGGGCGCCCGGAGCCUGCCACCAGUUGGGCGCUCGGGCCCCACGCAAGGCACACGCCACAGCCCCGCCGCCAGCACCGGAAGGCCCGCCGGGCCCCAUGGACCCUCUCCUUUGCGUGCCACACCCAUGCACACCCAGGCCUCCCUAACUCCAGCACCAGCAUCUCCACGGGAGACGCACCAGACCCUGGGCCCAGCGGGACCCUCGCACCGAAACUCACGCCCUCACGCCCCUUCCGCCGCCACCUGCCCCCUUUCCUCCACAGCAGACUCCCUCCUUGCCACCAGCUCCCGCCCGGCACCAGCUCGGCUGGGCUCCAGUCCGCAGCGGCCCCGGGAGCUGGCCGCGGGCUCACACUUCUAUGCCCCGCCGGCACCCAUGACCGGCCAGGGCACAGGCACCCAGCUCCCAUUCACGUGCCCGGGACCCCUCCGUCCUGCCUUCCACGCGCCGCCCAAAUCUCUGAGGAUAUCCCACAUCAUAGCCCAGGCCGCCCUGAAGGCACUGCCGCCCCGGGCACCCAACACUCCCCCUCACGGUGCUCUGCGCACACUGGCCCAGGACCUCUGGCCCUCCUGCACUUCUCUCGACCCCAGUCCGCGGCCGACUCGGACUCUGCGAGGGAAAGGCACUGGCAGCCCCGCCGACCCCGUGAAGGCCCAGGCCAAGGCGUCCGACCCCGCCCAAACGGCCAUCUCGGCAAGGCCCCCCGGCCUGCCUCCUCUCUCCCCACCAGAACCUGGGUCGGCAGUCCCGCCGAGGCCAAGGCCCCCGCUGCUCACCCGCAACCUACAGACACCCUCUGCGCCCGACACCGCGGGCAGGACCCCGCGGAGGCCUCAAGGAGGCAGCCGCAGGCCUGAGAGCCCAGCGGCGCUCACACACACCGCAGGCAGCCCACCCCACACUGGGCCUGCCACUCCCAAGGCUUUGCCGCCGGGCACCGGGGGCCCCGGGGCCCGGGGCUGCCCUCGAGGAGGCCAGCCCCAAGGCUCCUCUCCCCAUGGCCCUCCGGGGCCACCGGAGGCCUGCCUGCCCCCACCUGCGCCCCAGGGCUGCACGCACCCAAGGGAGCCAAGGCAACGGGACCCUCCCCCGACGUCCCCUGUGGGAGCCACGUGCCGGACCUCAGUUUGCGAUGAGGAGACGGUAGUGAGUUCUCACUCAUUUUGUUCAGAUUUUCCAAGGAAUGCGUUUGUGGGUGUCAUCAUCGAUCCGAGCACGGGCACACCCGCGGGACGGCCACCGCCACAGCCCCCACCGCCGGGACGGCCAGCCAGCUCCCUCCUGGCCGCGGCCCGCAGGCUCCCGAGCCCAACCGCGGGCAAGCAGGUCAGCUCCACCCCCGGGAGCAGAGGGUGCGGGUCCGGGCGCCACACACCGCCCCCCGGGGGCUACCUUGGCGCAGGCCACUGCCGCUUACCAUCGCCUACCAGGUGGCCAUCGAUCCCGCCACCGGCCGCACGCCAACACGCCUCCCACCGGCAGGAGGGACUGGCCUUCCCGGGGUCGCUCCCGACAGGCUCCAGCUUCCGCUCCCCGCGCUGGCCUCCGUUUCUCCGCCGCAGCAGCUGGGUGAGGGCGACAACGGACACGCGCAAGCACGCCUCAGCAAGGGGCCCAGUUGCCCAAGGCACAGGGGCCGGGCCCCCCACCGCCCAGGGCCUGUGGGCAGCCUGGCUGCCACCUGUCCCUGGCCUCCCCCCUCUCACUGGGUGCCAGCAGCCAAAGGGCCACACGAGUGGCCAGCACUGCCCCUUCGCUGGGGCGCCACACCCUUCCCCCAGGAACCGCGCCUCCCUCAGGCUCCCUAAGGCCCUGCCCACCCGCACCCCUCCCAGCUUCAGAAGAGUCCACCCCAACCCCGAGUCCGAUUCCGCCCCCAGGCCCACCCUGGGGCUCUCCCUCUCACCCCGAUGGGAAAACACCCUCGCUCCGGCCACCGACACUGCCUGCCCACGUCUCCGCCCCGAGAGCGGCUCCGCGGGCCCUGGACCCGGGGCGCCCAUGGGCACACCUGCACUCCACCCCUGCUAUCCCCAGCACGCUCUCAGGACCCCGGGCAAUACACAGACCCUUCUGCUGGACCCUCCGGGACCCCAAGGGCCCUGGAGCCUGUGCGAGACCCCGCAGGGCCGCACCUCGCCCUGA